CUGAAUUCGCCGGCCCUGGCGGCUGUUCCGGAGGAUUCGGCGAGGUGAGCUCCUCGACUUGUCCGGAUUUUCCCGCUGAGUCGCUUCUCCCAUUCACAGCCUUGUUGCGCGGCCGAAUCAUCGGUUGGCUCUUUCGCCCGUCGUCUUUUCCACUUUGCUCUUCACUUCUGACUUGCGUUUUCUUGUGGCGCCGGAAUUCCUUCGCCACCGACUGCCCUCUUUCCGUCACCCUUCCUUUUCUGCGCCUCCCCGUCGUUUGUCUCCCACUGCGCGCGCUCUGUCUCGAGAAGUGGCGCGGCACGGCAAUCAAUCGUUUUGGCUUCCCUGUCAAUCUCAGGCAUUUCUUCCGUUCCUCUCUCCUCCUUCCUCAUGCAUGUGCCUCUCCUUCAUGUCUGUCCUGCGAACACUUCGCAAUCUCGUCUUUGUGCAGCAAACUGCAACGGUGUCUUCCCCCCCCCUUCUCUGCGGUCCUUUUCCCGAUUUCUCUUCUCCAGUCGCUCUCCUCCGUCAUCGGCUCGCCUGCGUCUACACUCAGGGAACGUGUUUUUCCGAGUUUCUGCCGAACUCGGAAUUCCGUUUCCGCUACCCACACGUGGGAAUCUUCAACCUCCACCAUUUUCGCCAUUUCCUCGCCACUUGAAGAAGACCUUUUUUGCCUUCUGUUCCGUUCCCGACUUAAACAUCUACAGCUAGACGAAGUACCCCCUGUGCAUCCUCUUACUUUCUGUCUCCUAUCCUGCUGCGGCCGACUCCUUGCGCCUUGCCUGGCCUUCGUCUUUCUCACACUCCUGCGUCGAGCAAACCGCGCGUCCGCAGCCGCUUUCCCUUCUUCGCUCUCCUCUUCUUCUGGGCCUUCCGUGUCUUCGCGUCGAAAGGAGCCGCCCGUCUGUGUGUCUCAGUAGGAUUUGCCGCCCGACCCGAGGCGCUCCAAAUGCCGAGGUAGGGAAAACAAGAAGCAUAGAACUCGGAGCGGCAGGCGCCUGCUUCCGACAGCCCUGAGCAGCAGACCUGGGGAAGAUGGUUACAUACUCGCUGUCCUGAAGAAAGAAGGCACGGGGCCAUCGCUCGCUCGUCUUUCGCGGGAAACGAGCAUUUCUGCGCGCUUCAGGCGACAGAGAGAGCACAAGGCAACCGCGAGGAGGCACUCCAAUCGAUUGGGAGAGAAAGGUGUCUCUCUCUUUCGACCGCAGUGGCUUCUCUUGUUCCUACGGGCAGUCCGGUGUCUGUUGGACGCGGUCGUGAUGCCGUUUUGCCGUGUCUGAAUCGAGUAAUGCUUGCUAAGUUCCUUGUUUCUGCUCAGCUCCCUGAGGCCGUGCAUGCACACAGAGGCUCGCUGUUGAGCUUUGCCUUGCAGGCCUCUCUCGAGAUUCAGCGGCUGCCUCAGAGUCCUGAAAGCGCAAGUGGUUCUGAAGGUCUCGACAGUUGUUUUACGCGCGUCCCCUCGAAGGUGGCUGCCGAGGGAGUUGUCUCUCUGAUGAGUCGUACGCGCAUUCCGACUCUGGUUUUUUCGAUCUUUCGCUCGCCGUACCUCCGUGUCUAUUUCGCGCGCAGUUGCUGCCUGUCUCCUGAUCUCUCAUCGCUAACGCACUUGUGUCACGAUGGACAGCGAGAUGCAGCACAGACUCGAGGCGCUUCGGAACAAGUUAGGUCGUCAGCGCGCAGCGGUGCCUCCUGUUCCACCGGCUCUCUCGUCACUGAAAAAGCUUUCGGGUUCCCACGAGCUUCCUGACGCGGGCACCGUAGGGAAGGACACAGGCGGGGCUGCAUGCGACACAGCAGAUGCCAUCGCCCCUCGUUCUUUUUCAGCUUCGUCUUCCUCCUCAUCUGCUUCUUCUUCCUCACCUGCAUCUUCUUCAUCCGCGUCUUCUUCUUCCUCGGGUGCCGUGUCUUUGGUUUCGGGGGAGAGAGGUCGAGGAGAAACUUCUCUUGAAAAGGGAGUGGAGAAAGGGAGCGUGAACGGGAUGGGGGAGAACAAGACUUGCGAGUCUCUCUCAGGGCGUGGAGACCAGUCCGGAGGCGCCGGUUCAGCUUCUUCUGCCCUUGCUUCACCUCCGUCCGCGUCAACCCACUCUGGGGAUGCGAGCGUCCGUUCUCGUUUCGCUGGUAUGUCUGGAAUGACGAGUUCCGGACGGCGCAUUGUCCUUCUUGAAGGGAGGAAGAAGAGCACUGCGACCCUCUUGACUGAGGGCCUGUCUCUCCCCGUGCGCUCGUCCUCUCGCCCUCGUGGGGACGCGGAAAAAGGCUCUUCUCCUUCUUCUUCUCCCUCCCGUGCCUCGUCUCCUCCCUCUUCUCCUCCCUCGUCUUCUCCUCCCUCGUCUUCUCCGCCUCCCUCUUCUCUUCCCUCGUCUUCUCCUCCUCCCUCUUCGUCUCCCCCCUCUUCUCUUCCCGCUUGUCCUCUUCCCUCAUCUUCUGUGGGUUCCGACAAAGGGGGGGGCGAUGCUGCUGGAGAGCACCCGGGCUCUACGUCUCGGCGGCGGGGAGCCGAGCUGCAGCAGUGGCACUCGCAAUUGCGCGAGAGUGCAGAGAAGCAACUGGAGGAUUUUCAGACCCGCGCUCCUUCACAGAAGGACGACGCAGCUGCACUCCUCUCCAGCUCGAGAGACAGCGGCGGCGAGGUGGAGACAGCGUCUGCGUGCGCUGGGGGCGAGGCAGACUCUGCGAGCGACGGCGGUGAGGAGCCGGAGCUGAAGAGGCGAGGGCGAGAAGACGCGACGGAGAGACAGACCGCGGAAGAAGACUCAAACCGGGUCGGCAAAAGUCCGCAGGGCCAUUUCCACGCUCACCGUCCUCUGAAGAACGCGCAUCUGCGCGACGCGUCCACUUCUGCGUCCCAGGAAGACACAUCUAGCGGAACUGGUGCAUCGGGCGCGGCUAGCCGGACUGGAAGUCGGGCAGCUAGCCGGGCGGCGAGAAGCCCCGAAGCCGACGCGAGUUCGAGACAUGCGCACAGUCACGACGAGCGACACGGUGGGCGAAACCACCGCGAGGCGCACGAAGAUCGCAUUCGACUCGGCGCCAAGGAGUCUUCGCGUGCUCCCCUCGCAGGCAGAGAGCGAGAAGAAGGGAAGGACGAUAGAGAGAAAGGACGGGAGAAGGAGAGGGAGAAGACGCGCGAGGGUCAGUUGUUUUUGGAGAGAGAGAAGAAGAGAGACGGGGGGCGAGCGGAGGGGCACCGGCACAGGUCCCCUAGGAGAGAGCGCUCAGAGGAAGAAGCUGAGAGAGAAGAACUGCCACCUGGAAACCUCGAGAGAAGAAGAGAGAAAAGCCGGAGUCGCGAGCGGAGGAGACACGAGACACCCAGUCGACACCGCCGCCCAGCGUCGGGCUCUGCCGAGGCGAUCGCAAAGAGAGAGCCUUCGCGCGAAGAAGAAACGCGAGAGAAGCGACGAGAAGAUGGGACUCGCAGAGAGCGAGAACGAGGGCGAAGCGGCCGCGAAAGAGACGAGCACGCCCAGGGGGAUCCGUCUGCGCGACGGCGGAGCGCAGAGAGAAGAAGAGAACACACGAGCAAGCACGACCGCGAUGGACACCGAAGAAGGAGAGACGAUUCCGAGAGACACGAAGAUGGCGCUCGCGCCUCCGGACCGGAAGAGGCGGACCGCGACGAGAAGGAGGCGGAAGGAAGCCGGCCAAAGGUCUGUGUGGGGAGAAGCGACGGACGGAGACAGGGGAGCGAGGAACGAAGACAGAGCAGAUCAGUGAGUCCGAUCACUUGCGAAAACAGUCCCGAGAGAGCCGAGCGCCAGAGGGGGCUGCGAGAGCGAGAGGGAGAGAAGCGCGGGUUGCGAGAGAGGGAGGAGACGCGCAAGGGUGUCAGAGCCCCAGGGACGGGCGUGGAGACGGAGAGCGAGAGAGACAGUCUGCGCACGACCCCACAGGGGAAGCGCGAAGCCGCAGAACAGCGGGAGGAAGGCGAAAUCGUCGAGGACGAAGACUUCGAGACAAACCACGCAGAACCUACAGAGCAGUCUCAGGACGGAGACGCAAAGACGGACGAAGAAAACUCGAAAGAAAAAGAGGUUGGAGAUGCAAGAGACAACAAGGAAGAGAACUGUCACAGAGAAAAGUCUGGCAAGGAAACGUCUGGAGAAGAGCACUUCGAAGAGAAGUCUGAGAAGGGUGAGGGCGAGGAAGAGAACGACGAUCGAGAAGAACUGUUUACUCCGGAGCCGGGAGAGACGGAGAUGCUGUUGACGCCUGAGGACGGGAGUCUGGGCGAACGGUCGUUAUAUGGUCAGGCACGUGUGGAGGAGAGUGAAAAGCGUCGCGAAGGCCAAGAAAGAAGCGGAGUUCAGGAAGGAAGGACGCGAGGGGCGCUGGAGGCGGGGAGUCUCGGCAUAGAGACGCGCGAGGAGGAGGGCGAGGAAGAACGUGUGGGGUCGGCGAGGCCUGAAGCAGAGGUCGGGGAGCAGCGGGAGCGAGACGACGACGAAUGCACUCCAGACGAAGACGUGGACCCCGAAGAGCGAGAGGAAGAGGAAGAGCUGCAGAGACAAUUGCAGCGCGUCGGCGCCAGCUGCAAAUGCAAACGCAGCAGCAGCCUCAUGUACGGAUGCCGCAGAGUCGAGAUCUUCAAACGACUCAACAAAAUCAGCGAGGGAACUUACGGAGCCGUCUUUCGAGCGAUGAACCGAACCACAGGAGAGAUCGUGGCUCUGAAACAAAUAAAAUACCACAACAAGCUGUGGAGCGAGGGGUUUCCUGUCACCAGUUUGAGAGAAAUUUCCAUCAUGCUCGAGCUGCAGCACCCUAACGUGCUCGACGUCCAGGAGGUCGUCGUCGGCACCGGCCAGCACCAGGUCUUCAUGGUCAUGGAGUAUAUCGAACACGAAGUAAAGACGCUGCUGGACGAGAAACCAGAGUUUUCGACCGCCGAGAGGAAGUGCCUUCUCUACCAGCUGCUCGAGGCCUUGGCGUACAUGCAUGCAAAUUUCGUCUUUCAUCGGGAUCUGAAGCCCAGCAACUUGCUGUACUCGAAUCGAGGGGUGCUCAAGGUCGCGGACUUUGGAAUGGCGAGGAAGUUCGGAUUUCCCCUUCACAAUCGUGUCUUCACAAAGAAUGUCGUCACCCUGUGGUACCGCCCGCCAGAGAUUCUCCUCGGCGAAGGCACCUACGACGCCGCCUGCGACGUUUGGGCUGUCGGUGCGAUUUUCGGCGAGUUUUUGCGAAAGAAGCCUCUGUUUGCAGGACACGGAGAACUGGACACUCUGAACAAAAUUUUCAAGCUCUGCGGCACUCCGACGGAUUCGUCUUGGCCGGAAUUCCAUUCGCUGCCACACAUCAAAAACAAAAAGUUUUUCAACUCUCCUCCUCAGUGCCAGCCUUCGUGGCGAGAGGUGUUCCCGCCCCCCUCAAAGCAUCUCGCUAUGGGGAGCAGUGGCGUCCUGACAGACCUCGGCCUGGAUCUUCUGCAGAAACUCCUCGAGCUCAACCCUGCGAAGCGAAUCACGGCUGCGGAGGCUCUCCAGCACGAGUAUUUCCAGGAAAAACCGCGGCCGCAGUUGAAGGAACUCAUGCCCACUUUCCCCGACACCAACAGCCAAGCGCGUCGCAAACGCCGACGGCUCGGCAGCGGGAACAAUUUCGACGAACAGAAACAUCAAGACUCCUUCCGCUUCGGCGCUCGCGUGGAUGCUGAGCAGUUUCUUUCUGCUCUCGCUGACCAGACGAAGGAGAAGAAGAAAGACAAGAAGUCGGGCGUCCGGGGAAAGAGAUGAAUUUCCAGCUAACUCUGGAGGACAAAGAAGUAACCAGCUUUACCUCCGACGCAGGACCUGAUACGGAUGCAUGCACCAGGGAGGUUCAAGUCACCAGGGAUACUGCCGAGCCAGCUGCCGUCUCUGGUUUUCCAGAUACGCUCAAGGACCAAAGAAGGACUCUCCGAGAGCGCGGCAGAAUGCCGAUUUCCGAUUUGUCAUCGUGCCCAGGUGCGUGCUUUUAUCACCUCGCUGAUGCAUGCACAAGCACGCGCAUGCGAGACCCCCGCUGAGGAGGCUUCGCCGGUUUGGUUUGCUCUGCGCGUGCAGCUAUAUUUAUUUAUUUUCGGGUGUGCAUGCAGAUGGAGUUGCGUGCACAGUCUCUAGCAUCGGUUGUGGACGUGGUGUUUCAGUGGUUUUCUGAGAUCGGGAGACAGGCGUUUUCGCGAACCCUCAGGUUUACAGAUUGUUCCGUUCCACGCAGGAGCAAGUACCGUUACAUUCGGUGAUGUUGUUUGUCUGAAGCGGCGGAGUCGUCUGCGCCUUCUGAGACGGCUCUAUUCUGUUUGUGCACUGUCUUUUUUCUGACCUUUGGACCACUGAGCCCCGAAAGUCGACAAACGGACAGAGGGGAAAUUCUGGCGACGCUGACGAGAUUAGUAUCACGCGAACCACACACAAGUUCUUUCUAUUUGUUUACCUCCCCGCGUACUUAGGAUCAGAG